AUGACUGAUAGCAGGUCAUCCAGUUCUACUGGGGCAUUGGACACUAAAACUGCUCCAUAUCGUGUAUGUGACAUCUGUCAAAGAAGGCGAAGAAAAUGCAAUUUGGACAGGCCAUCAUGUUCGUUUUGCAUAAGGAAUGGUAUGCAGUGUACAUACAGUAGCCGAAAACAGAAGCCUGGCCCUCGCAAAGGUCGCGUCUCAACAACGACCGCUACUCUUAUCUCGAAGCUUCAAAACCUCGAGUCUGUCCUGAAAUCCCAGCAAGAGCAAUUGGACAAGCGAACUCCAGCCCCGGGCACAAUUGAGAAGAACUAUGAGAACAACAACAACAUAUGCAGUUUCCGCGCCGGACUUUUGGACAAUGAAUCAUAUAUCCCUGCCCUAGAGAGCACACUAGACCAGUGGCACAAUAGUACAACGCUCUUGGGUGGUAUCACCAAUAACGACGUAACUUGUGGCCCAGGCGCUCUUCCAUUGGAGAUAUACACGAAAAGAGACCAUCUACAUCAGACAGGGUUGCAACUUCAUCUUCUCUCACUCUAUUUCGAUCAUUUACAGCCGAUAGUACCGCUAUUUCGAGCCCGCCCCUUUUACGAAGAUUACCAUAAUGGCAAAAUAACCAAGGAACUCCUUGCUCCUAUGUUAGCAUUAGCGGCGCCGUUUUCCUCUGAUCCAAGAAUAUCUGUACUGUCGCGUCUAGACUUCUGGCAGGACAUGGUGCUUGACCAUGGGUCCAGCGGUAGUCCCCGAACAGCAGCAUUGGAUGAAGUUCGAGUAGCUGUUCUGCGAACCCUGUAUGGUUAUGCGCAUUUCCAAGGUCGGCAAGCGUGGCAACAAAUAGGAAAUCUUACUCGGCUGGCUUGCGCUUAUGGUUUGCAUAAAGUCGAUAGCCCAAGUAAUAAAACGUUGAUGUCUGAGGAAGACCGAGAAGAGAGACGCUAUAUCUGGUGGUCUGUUUCGAAGCUCGAUACCCAUUCCAAUUGUAUUGCAUCAACUCCAUUUUCGAUCGAUCCUGAAAACGUGUAUACGUUCUUAGUCUCUACACCAGUGGAAGAAUUCACCGCUGGAAGUACUUGGCCAUCGAUUCGAGCAAUUUUGAACACAGGGUCCGGUCGAGCGGAACAGUUGGUGCAAGCCAUUCGGUUAAAUGGCACAAAUGGCGGGCAAAAUAUUUACGUUAUCCAUAAUCAAGACCUUCUCUUCGCAUUCAGAAAUUUGUGCUCACAUAUACGACUUGGCAUGUCAACCUCGUACCUCCAUCCAUCUCGUAAUCUAGUGCUCAACGAGGCUCCAUUCGCACAUUGCAAGAGGCUUGAAUUACUACUACACUUCCAUAUUGUCCAGAUUACUGCCCAUAUUCCCACCCUAGACCAUGAAUCCCAUCCCUUCGACGACCAACUAUCCCAGAAGGCCGCAAUGAAAGACUGGCAGAUCUGCAUCGCACAAUGCGAAGACAUAGUUGGCGUCUUCCAGCACUGGGAACCCUCCUACUAUUCGCGCACUGAGCCGACCGUGUGCUCCAUCGUCUGGGCUACGUGUUAUCUCCUAGCUCUCCAAAUAAUGCACGUUGCUACCAGCGCCGAAAAAAAGGUCCACCUAGAGAAUAAUCUGGGCUUGCUCUCAGCAUCUCUCGAGCAUUUUUCGAAGUACUGGCCCAUCGCACGUGCUCAGCUCCGUGAGUCUAGCCACCCCCACUCCCACCCCGAAGGACCAACCAAAUGGGCAUUUAUGUAUGAUGCAGCAGCCACCGUGAACUUCCGCUUCUGGUUUAUGCUACAGAUCAGUUUCUCCGAUCUCCUCGUUCUGGUUGCGCGAUUUCAGGUGCCGGUGGACCCAGAUAGUGAAAAUCCGACUGAGUUCAACCUGGACUCGAUAUUGGUGCAGGACCUGAGGUCUUAUGGCGUGAUAGAUGAAAACUCACUGGCGAUGGCGCCGAAUACUAGUCAAAUAAUGGAUAGUGCGGCUGCUGUGUACAACAUGGUGUAA